GCCCCUUGCACUCCCUCUAUUCCCCUCAUCCCACAGAUCUCUCUCUCUCUCUCUUCUCUCUCUCUAUAUCUAAAGAGAAAUGGGUUGUUACCAUCUAUGGAGUCUAUCACUUGGUGUGUUGUUGAUGGUGUGUGGAACAUUGGGUGCUGCUCCAAGGAAGCCUGUGAAUGUGCCAUUUGGUAGAAACUAUGUGCCCACUUGGGCAUUUGAUCACAUCAAGUACUUCAAUGGAGGCUCUGAUAUUCAGCUCCACCUUGACAAGUACACUGGUACUGGUUUUCAAUCAAAGGGAUCUUACUUAUUUGGGCACUUCAGUAUGCAAAUAAAGAUGGUUCCUGGAGAUUCUGCUGGUACUGUCACUGCUUUCUAUCUAUCUUCACAAAACGCAGAGCAUGAUGAGAUAGACUUCGAAUUCUUGGGGAACAGAACGGGGCAGCCCUACAUUUUACAGACAAAUGUGUUUACAGGAGGGAAGGGAAACAGAGAGCAGAGGAUUUACCUCUGGUUCGACCCAACCACAGCCUACCACUCCUACUCUGUUUUGUGGAAUCUUUACCAGAUAGUGUUCUUCGUGGACGAUGUACCGAUUAGGAUUUUCAAGAACAGCAAGGACUUGGGAGUGAGGUUCCCAUUUGACCAACCCAUGAAGAUAUACUCGAGCCUGUGGAAUGCCGACGACUGGGCCACGAGGGGUGGGCUCGAGAAGACGGACUGGUCCAAGGCACCCUUCGUGGCCGCCUACCGGGGCUUCCACGUUGACGGCUGUGAGGCCUCGGUCCAGGCCAAGUUCUGUGCCACCCAGGGCAAGCGUUGGUGGGACCAAAGGGAGUUCCAGGAUCUUGAUGCCCUCCAAUACAGGAGACUGAGAUGGGUCCGCCAGAAAUUCACCAUCUACAACUAUUGCACUGAUAGGGUCAGGUUCCCUACAAUGCCUGUUGAAUGCAAGAGAGACAGAGAUGUAUAAAAGCCCGAAUCCAUCAUUUAUCUAUACCUAUAUAUUUAUAUAUAUAUAUAUAUAUAUAUGGGAGAUGGGUUGGGUCUUAUUCUUUCCUUUCUGCCUAGUAUCAUGUGUAUCAAUGUCAGGUGUCAUUGUGGGAUGCAUCAUUUAUAUUUCUUUUUCUUGUCCAAUUCUAUAUGUAAUAUGUACCAAUUCAAAGUUAGCAUUUGGACUCAUCCCUUGUGAGUGUAUGCAUUUAUUAUUGUUACUUUUGGAUUCAAAUUAUUAUUUUUAAUGGCAUUAGCUGUUUUUAUA